UCUGUCUGUCUGUCUGUCCGUCUGCCUGUCUGUCUGUCUGUCCGGUGAUGCGCGCUCACCGGUGCCGGCUGCAGGCGUGCCCAACAGCAGCGUACAGGACGCGGUACCGACCCCGUUUAUCACCGCUCCACAAACUUUGUACCCGUCAUGUUUUGACAGUGUGAGAGAGUAAAGGAUGCUCACAGACAUGAUUGUGGACGAAGAAUUUGAGAUCAAGGAGGAGGAACCGUGGUACGACAAGCAAGACCUUGAACAUGACCUGCAGCUGGCAGCCGAGCUCGGGAAGACCCUCCUGGACAGAAACAGGGAGCUGGAGCAGGGGCUGCAGCAGAUGUACUCCACCAACCAGGAGCAACUGCAGGAGAUCGAGGUGAAGGGGAUGAAAGGGUGGUCUUGUCAUGUCUGAAUUUCUAUCUCUGUC